AUGUUAUCGCUCAACUGGACCUCGGUGGUGGUCGGUAUUGCCGCUAUCUUCCUCUUUUGGACUUUUUCGGCUACAUCCUCAUCACCUUUUACGCGCAAUUUCCCCCGCCUCCAGAAUAAGCGGAUAUGUCUGUUGAUCGCACACCCUGAUGACGAAGCAAUGUUCUUCGCGCCAACCGUACUGGCGCUUACCAAGCCAGAACUGGGAAACCAUCUCAAGAUCCUCUGUCUCAGCACUGGUGAUGCAGAUGGUCUCGGCGAAACCCGUAAACAGGAACUUAAGAAAAGUGCCCUCCAGCUUGGUCUCCGCGAUGAAUCCGAUGUCUUCGUUGUGGAUGACCCUACCCGAUUCCCAGAUAGCAUGUCAGCACACUGGGCCGAAGACCAAGUUACCUCUCUCCUCGCAUCAGCCUUCGCGCCCGACCUUGCCGCUUCGCUGAAUGGUUCCAAAAAAGCGGAUCCCAAUAAAGCUCCCACGGCUACUAUCGAUGUCCUUCUUACAUUCGAUAAGGAUGGUAUCAGUAACCAUAUUAACCACCGCUCGCUGUAUCACGGCGCAGUGCAUUUUGUGCGCUCGCUUAUGAAAGAUAAGCCUGGCUUUGCUUCUCCUAUCACCCUUUAUACAUUGUCGUCUACGUCGAUUUUUAGGAAGUAUGCUGGUGUGCUCGAUGCUCCGGUUUCGAUGCUCCAGGGAGCGUUUUGUAAUGUCUAUGACAGGUUGUCUCGAAAGAAGAAAGAUGGUUCUGAUCCAGCACGUCUGCUUUUCGUUAGUUCUGUCAGUGAGUGGCUGACUGCACAGUCGGCUAUGGUGAAAGGUCAUCAGAGCCAGAUGGUUUGGUUCCGCUGGGGUUGGAUUACUAUUGGACGCUACAUGACCGUCAAUGAUCUCGUAAAGGAGAAUAUCUAA